UUCGAGGGAGCGAAGCGGAAGGACAAAAAACCUGCAGAUCGAUCUUCCUGGAAGAAAGAUGGCGCGACUUCAGCAGGAGCCAUCCACCAAGUGAGCCAAACCUCCAUGGCAACUCCAGACAUCCUCCACCCCUCGCUAAUCCCCACACCAACACCUACUCUUACGGACCUCCGAACCACCCCCCACCUGUUGCUCAUCAUCACUCUCACCCUCCGUAUGGACAUGCGCACCAGUUGUCACACGUCCCUAUCCGUGAUACGAACGCCAUCAUGCCAGCAGAGUUUGUCGAACCCAACAAAGCUGUCAACAGUCCCACUCCUCCUCGCAGUCCCAGCUGGAGGGAGGGACUAGAAAGCCCACCGUUCUCGCCGCGUCGCCGGGACUCGUAUCCAGGAAAAAAGUCCCGAGGAUCACCAGUGUCUCCGAGAGACAAGAAAAUGCACUUCACCUAUAAUGACCUUUCACCGUCUCCUCGCGCCUACUCCUUCGACGAUGGAUACGAGGGUCAGCUGAGGGCGAGUGUCGGUGGUGACACCAUGAGCUUUAGCCAGCACGGUGUAAACUCCUUCUCGCAACGACUGUCCCCCAAGUCGCCAGACGAGGAAAAGGAGUCGUUUGCGAGCGCGAUGGCUCAUCAGCUGCACUUUGAGCUGCCUCCCACUCGCGGAGCCAAGACAGGGUCAUCUACUCUCUCGUCCUUUGGUCAUAGUGGGCCAGACGGUGCCUUUGUCCCACCCCUGGUGGGACAACCGUUGUCGCUGACUGGAUCCGGGUCUGCGUACGUAGGCAGUGACAUGAUUGGGCUUCCACACUCAGCGCCGGUGAUGGACCUGGCAACCUUUGCUGCCACCGUGGCCAGCAACACGGCCACCUUGACCUCGAUGACCGUGUCCCCCACAGCCAUUCUCCCGCAUGGAGCGACUGGGAUGAGUUCUCAACACCCAGAACCCUUGUCCCCAGACUCAGUCGACAGCACUGACUCGACUUCCUCGCCUGGGUCACCGGGAUACUACGACAACGCCAACUCGACCUCCGACGAUAUGGAGGACAUGGAGCUGGCGGACCCAACAUCAAAAUCCAUCGACAUGGGAAGCUCUAAGAGGCAGAAAGCUCGACCCCCUUCCACUGACUGGUCCCCGGUUAUAGACCUGUCUCCAAUUUUGGACGUUUCACCCUCAGUGGAGGAGGCGGAGCAGGAGGACAUGCUGGCCAAGCAGCUGGAAGAACUGGAAAGGCAGAGGUCAAGGGAGGAGUCAGACAUGGAUAGAGACGAUCCGGACAUGGAAGACGACGAAGACGAGGACGUUCACAUGGUGUCCAUGUCUGCCUCCAUGUCUUCCAGUCAGGACCGCAGCGAGUCCUUCAAUCCUUUCGCGCUGCGAUCCGACCAAAAGCUAGAGGACGACAGCUCUGAUGGACUGGAGUUGACAGAGUUCACUUCUUUCAGCGCCUUGAGGCGCUACGACAAAAUCGAAGACAUCAGCAAGAUCGGUGACAACUGCAUGGAUGAAGACGAGCUGAUCCACGUGAUCGCCACGGAGACAGCAGACGCUGCGAUUGCAGCAGCACUUGAAGAGCACAAGCGACAGCUUCUGUUAAACGAGGAUGAGAACGGGAACCCACCAUCUCCCUCGGAAGACGUUCCAUUCCCUUCAUGCACAAGUCAAGCUGAGGCUACCGCCACCUGCAGCACGGGGCCGACAACCGUGACUGCCAGCAUGAGUACGUCCGUCACAAGCGGUGGAGGGUUCGCGGAGGGCACACAGGAGCAGGACGCAAGAAGCCAGCGGCGGGCACUAGAAGCUCACAUCAGCGACGAGAUCAGCAAGAUCACGCAGGGCAUGCAGGACAUCGUCCGGCGCGGAGCGGCUGAUGUCAAGCCCAUCCCCCCUCCUAAACCACGCCGGCGCUUGCCAGAACCUACGCCAGAAAUGACAGCUGCUGCGGCUGCUGUUGCUGCGACUGCUGCUUCCUCUAGUUCCUACUCGAUGAUCUCUCCAAUCCAGUUUGCUCCUCCGCCUUCUAAAUCACCUUCUAUGUCUGCUCAUCGCAAGCGCAAGACCAACGGACCUACGCCAAAGGUGAAGGCUGAGGCGAGAAGAGAGGAAGUGGUUUUGAAGCAAGCACCUGUAGGCUGUCGGCCAUCGGAAGAUGCUCGACAGAACGAACUUGCGGACGGUGCAAAUCAAACAGCUAGCGCUUUCAUGUCCGCUUCCGGUACAGAGGCAGAUGAUAGUGGAAUACCCCGCCAAGAUUCGGCAGAGCGCCGCAAGGCCAAAGACAUGAAGGCCAAACCGAGUCCUCUUCUGAUCCAGCAUAUUGAGGCCGAAGAGCAGUCUGUAUCCCCUCAUUAUCGCGUAAUGGACUCGCCCCCGACCCCGGAAAACAAACUCAUCAAGCGAGAAUUCUCCGAGAGCACGUCUGUGUCCCCUUCUUCCUCCCCAGACGCUGACCAUUACAUGUACCCGUCUCCCGUCACUCCCCCCGACUCGGAUCUGUCUCCCCCAAAGCCACACUCACCAUCUUCGACGGGCACGGACCUAGACGAAGAUACCCUCCGCUACAGCAGCGCUGGCGAACUCAGCGCUGCAGGAAGCGGAAGUGGGGUCAGCACCAUCAGUGCGGGAGCUCAAAGUCUCUCCAGUCAAGUAAAUAUGGACGCAAAUGUUGACUUACCAUCCAGAGAGCGAGAAGAAGGGGAGCCGUGUCUCGUGAAGACCUUUGCUAACCCUAUCGUUCCCAUCCGCAGCAAAGCCGCUGGAGGCCCUGCCGCGGACGACAACCCGAUCCCUGCGAAACCACCACUUCCGGUACGGCCUAAGCCUAGCCCAAGGACUACUGAGCAUACUGGACCGGAAACAGAAGAAGGGCCGAGCGUGCGCGACAAGAUCCGGGCCUUUGAACAGGAUAUGUGGAUGAUCGCCAACAUUCCUAAGGAAAAGAGGAUCGAGCCGAGGCGAGAGGUGAGACGAGAGUUGCCCAAAAAGGCACCCAAACCCCCGCCCAAGGACCCUGCCAUUGUCUACACCAGCACCACGUGCACGGUGACGACCACAACGCCACCAGCGACUUCCACAGCAACUAAGGACAGUAAGAAGGUUCGGAGGAAACUGCCGCCUAUCCCUGUUGGCGAGGAGCCAAUUCUUGCUUCAAAGACAAAGCUGAAGCGACCAAAACCUCCUGCUCGAAAAACCGAUUCGUCGCCGCGGCUGUCGCCUCCAUCCGCCCCUCCCAGGACCACCUCUCCGCUGCCCAGACAGCCUCCACCACCACCACGGCAGCAGCAGCAGCAGCAGCCACUGGUGGUGGCCCCGGAGCUAGAGAAGCAUCUUCAGCAGAGACAGUAUGACGUCGCCCUGUCCAGGAAACCGCCUCAACAGCAACAGCAGCAGCAACAACAACCCCAGCAGUUCACUCGCCAGACGCCACAGCUGUCUCCGACACUGCAACAGCUGCCACCGCCAAUGCCAGCCCUCCACCAGCCGCUGCUGCAGAGGGGCGCGGAGGAUGCGCUGAACGAAGAGGACAUGGAGGUGGCGCAGAUUACCACCAAGGUACAAGACAAGCGCAAAGUGCCGCUGGGCGACAUCAUGAAGUCCAAGAGCAUCGAGAGUUCUGACCCCACCCGCUCCCGUGACCGGACGCGAGCCGGGGGGCUAGAGGCACCCGGGGGCUACUCGCUGCAGAGGGCCGCGUCGGUGGGGUCUGGUGGGAGCAGCAGCAGCACCUUCGGUUCGUCAUCCAUGGAUGAGACAGACGCCAUCAUCGACGCGCUCAUCAAUAUCUAUGGCAUCCCAAUCACCGAGGCCAUGAAGUCGCUUAAGAGACGGCUGCAGGAAGAGCUCAGGAGGGUCACACGCGACAGGAAGCGGAAGCUGGAGGAGCUGGAGGAAAUCCGUGCGCUUCAGAUGCAGAUUGGGGCGCUGAGGCUGGAGGGCGACGCUUACAAGCUGUCCCGCCACGGCGCCAGCGGCUCCGACAAGCGCGCGCCCAGCUACGUCAACAUCACAGUAGAGUCCAAGAAAGCCUUGACCCCGAGGUCGUCCCCUCAGGUCACCCCUCGUCGACAGCGACACAAGCGCCAGUCCUCCGACCCAAUGAUCUCCAAGUUUUCGCCCAUCAAGGAGGACAAAGACAUCGAGGCUGACUUUCCAGACCAAACUGGAUCGCGAACGCCUACCUACUACUCCGACGAUGAAGAAAAGAGUCGCGAGGAGAGGAAGGCUCAGCUGCAGUACGAGAUUCAGAAGCGAAGACAGCAGCUGGAGGAGACGGCUCGCCUGAAGAAAGAGCUGCUGAAACUGGCCCGAGCCCGCCAAGCCAUCGCCCACAGCUACGACGACAUCCCUCGACAGUAUGGCCCUCCAUCGCACGCAGAUCGCGGCAGCGUGGGAAACCUGAACAUGCCGCCACGUCCAGUACCACGUGGCAUCAUCCGACCAAUCGACGACGACAUCCGCAUGGCGGAACUGGCCGAACGCGAGCGCGAGCGAGAAUUGGAGCGGUUAGAAAGGGCGUACAUGGAGCGUGACGACAUUGACGUCAUCUAUGACGUGCUUCCCGCGAGGAGAGGUCAUCAGCCUCCUCCAGAGAGAGACCGACCUGUGGUAGGCGAGAGAUCUGUAGCGGGUGGCGGGGUGGCCAUGCCGUACCAGAGUCGAUCAAACUAUUCCUCCACGGAGUACCUGGUGCACAAACAGCAGGAGACAGCCAGGAGGCAGCGGCCUGAUGAGCCACUCUAUGUCAACACGGCCCCUGGGUGGAUGUACGGCACAGACCUUAUGGGUGUAGGGGUACCCGAGUCUCAGUCUCUGUCCCAACCUGUCCUCACCAAGCGCAUCGACUCCCUUCCGUCGGUCGCACCCGGGGUACCCAGCAGAGAUGGAAAGCUCUCGUCCAGUGUGACUCUCCCUGAUAUAUAUUCCAACAGGUGCGACCUGGACUUCCGACCCCCACAUCCGGUUCAUGCUAGCCUCAGCAGCAGCAGCCACACGUAUGUCAACACGAGCAUCUCGGACACAGACGGCAGUCCGACCAGCGUCAGUGACGUCACGCCAGCCAUGCCGCUGCUGGAUGAUGUCAAAGACAAAUCCAGGAAGAUCAUCCACAACAUCGGCAGCGGCUCCAGACCCGUGUCCGCCGAGUUCAACAUCGGAGACGUCGAAGACCUGAUGAACGGCAUGUACCGCGUGGAGAGCGACAACAGCGUCGACGCCGACGAGCCGAUCAUGAAACACAUGAUGGAAGGAGGGGUCACCAUCCUGAAGCAGAUGGAACGCAAGCGCCGGCCUCCACCAGUCGAACCUACUCGGUAUAAUUUUCCAGUCAAGCGAAUUUUGGUGACCAGGGACCCCAAAGAUCGCUCAGUAGCCGGUAAUGGUAUCGGCAUGAAAAUAGUCGGUGGAAAAGAGAUUUCGGGUACCUCAGAAACGGGUGCGUUUGUAACAGCUAUCUACCCGGGCCUCAUCGCUGAUCAGCUGCACGGGGAACUGGAAGUCGGUGACCAGGUGCUUGAGUGGAAUGGCAUAAAGCUAACUGGGAAGACCUAUGAAGAGGUUCAGCAGAUUAUCACACAGACUAAUGGCGAGAUUGAACUGGUUGUCAGAGCACAAUCCAGUUCUGUGUCCGAGGAGACGAACGUGAAACAGGUGGAGAGUUGUCACUCCUCUUAUGACAACCUGCCUGCCUAUGAAGAAGUUGUGAAGGACCUAAGGGCGACUUCCAGCUCUCGGCAGGGUGUUGACCCCCGUCUGCUGGCCGCCCAGCUAGAAGAGAUCCAGGAGGCGGCCUCCCCAGCUGAGCAGUCGCCGUCGUCGUCGCAGCAAGGCCCUCCGACACCCUCCAUGUCGUCCCCAUGCAGCACCCCUCGUUCAGACCCCACGUCCACAUCGUCGGACAAGCAGCGCCCCUCCGGAGGCCGACACACCCCCGACCGGCGGGACCGAGAUCGCAUCGAUCGGCGCGGGGGAAGCAGCGGGGGCAGCUCCGGGGGCACUGAGAAACACCACCGCAGGAGCACGCGUCACCAUAGAGACAGCGAGAGAGAGAGGGAGCGGGACAGCGAGCGAGGAGAGAGAGACAGGAGCGAGCGAGAUUUCAACGAUGCGAGAGACAGAGACCGCGGCGAGCGAGAGGAGCUCUUCGUCGGCGAGAGACAAAGGCACGCCCACCGCGCGACAUCGCGAACGGGGGGAGCGAGACAGAGACAGACAACAUCGCGACAGCGGCCAGUGCCUGUUCCCAUGAGGCCAGAAGACAAAGGAUUAGGAGCCAUACAGUUGCAGCUCAGCCACGACGACUACGACAACACCCUCAACGUUCACGUCAUUCAGGCCGUUAAUCUCCGGCCACGUGACAUCAACGGCCUGUCGGAUCCCUUCGUGAAAGUGUAUCUUCUGCCAGGACGAGGGCCUGAGAACAAGAGGCGGACCAAGCACAUCCCAAGAACACUUAAUCCCGAGUGGCACCAGACGCUGGUGUUCCAGGAUGUUGCUAGGGGGGAGCUGCAGAACAAAGUGUUGGAACUGACCGUCUGGGACUACGACAGGUUCAAGGCCAAUGACUUCCUCGGGGAGCUUGUUCUAGAAUUGUCAGAGUUUGGUUUCCUUGACAACAAGCCCCAUUGGUACCCUCUUCGCGAACACGUCAUCAUACAAAGUUUUGAACUCCCCAAAUCCUCAGUGCCCCCACCUUUAACCUCCACAGCAGAUUCAAAGAUGAAGAGCAAGUCCCCAAGACAUGGCAAACGACAGGGUGCCUCUGCCACGAGGCUGAGCGAGACUUCCGGAAGUGGUGUCGAUAUUGGUCCCCGCAGGCGGUCCAUGGAAACGCUGGCAAACCCAGACCAAAACAACACCCCUGUUGUCUUAGUGCGUCACUUCCUGUCGUCAUUUAUGUCUUGUUUCCGCUUCCUGCACCAUAGACAGCAGCAGUCGCCGGCCCUCGGGAGCAGCUUGGGCGGCAGACUGCCUCGGCCACGAAUUCGCCGGCCCCUCGACGAAAGCCUCGAGACCCUAAGUCUCCUGUCAAGGCCAGAUCUAACGGAUUGCUGUAUAGAUGGUGAGUGUACCUUGUCGACUGCUUACAAUGGGCAACAUUAGUUUAUCCUUCCUGAUUGACAGAGUUAUGGCCCUUAGCGCUGUCUUUUAGCUUCCUUUCAACGUCUUUGUCCUGACUUUUUUUCGUCUUGUUCUUGUGUACGGUUAAUUUAUUUCAGUUUCGUGUGUUUAUCUAGGCUAAGAACUUAAAAAUAUCAGUAUAUUGAAUUUUGGGGAAGCCGAUAGCUGAGUGGUUAGAGCGCUGGCGUCCGAACUGAGAGCGCACUGGUUCAAUGCCUGAUUAGCGCAACAAACUUCUCCAGUCGACCCAGCUGGCGGGAAUGGGUACCUGACUCCAUAAAUUGUUGGGGAAGGUAAGGCAGAGAGGGAGAGGAGAUGGGCCCGAGUAAAGGUUAGGGGGUGAACUUUACCUUAUAUUUAAUUUGUGUAUGUGUGUGUGAGAGAGAGAGAGAUCAGAAUUUCAUGAGCGUAUCAUAAGACUAAUGACUACUUUCUCUUAUUAAAAAAUCUGCUUAAUUAAAAAAUCAAAAUUGAUGGGUUUGUUUGGGGUUUUUUUCCCUUUCU